AUGGAUUCUUCCGCUAUCUUCAAGCGUGCGGAUCCAUGUGAUUCGGGAAAUGAGUUUGAUGGCCGAAUGGGCCUGCGCAUCUCGUCCAUCUUCGUGAUCAUGGCUGGUUCCAUGUUCGGCGCUCUGUUCCCGGUCUUCGCGCGGCGUUUCAGCAAGGGUGGUGGGUUCCCCAAGUGGGCCUUCUUUGUGGCUAAGUACUUUGGAUCUGGUGUGAUCAUUGCCACCGCCUUUAUUCAUCUGCUGGCGCCGGCUGAAGAGGCAUUGACCAAUGAAUGUCUGACCGGCCCCAUCACCGAGUACAGCUGGGUUGAGGGUAUCAUCCUGAUGACCAUUGUGGUGUUGUUCUUCGUGGAAUUGAUGGUCAUGCGCUUCUCAAGCUUUGGUCAAGGCCAUGCCCACGAUGAAGAGGGUCACACCCACACUCCCUUGAGUGACCAUUCGUCUGUUGUCAACGAGUCCACCGAACCAAAGCAUCUCAUGCCGGGAGAGGACCACCUUGGCCACUCCCGUGAACAUCACGACAACGAUGACUCCGAGAAUGACAAACAAGCCAUUGAGGACUAUGCUGCCCAGCUGACCUCAAUCUUCAUUCUUGAGUUUGGUAUCAUCUUCCACUCCGUGUUCAUCGGUCUGACCCUUGCUGUGUCCGGCGCCGAGUUCACCACUCUCUAUAUUGUCCUCGUCUUCCACCAGACAUUCGAAGGUCUGGGUCUUGGCUCUCGUCUCGCCACUGUCCCCUGGCCCAAGUCCAAGCGAAACACUCCCUACUUUUUGGGCCUCGCCUUUGGAAUCUCGACUCCGAUUGCCAUCGCCAUCGGUUUGGGAGUUCGCAACAGCUACCCACCUGAAGGACGAACCACUCUGAUUGUGAACGGCGUCUUCGACUCGAUCUCCGCUGGCAUCCUCAUCUACACUGCCCUCGUUGAGCUAAUGGCCCACGAAUUCAUGUUCAGCCACUCCAUGCGCCAGGCCCCGAUCCGUGACGUCCUCAUCGCCUUUUUCCUCCUUUGUGCCGGUGCUGCCCUCAUGGCGGUGCUGGGCAAAUGGGCUUGA